GCGUAUCUACACCGGAUGCCGCCGUGCUUCGUCCCUGGCGUCGACAGCACUUCAGAAGGCCCCGGAAUGGCAUCUGAACAAGAUACAAAAUCUGUGUACGCGAGGAGCGGCCCGAGGGGCGCAACAGGUCCUCCGAAGCCCCCGGGGGAUGAGUCCAAGAUUCCUACGCAUACCAAGAGGAUGGAGAACAAGCAAGAAAGCUUCAGUAGAUUCUUGUGGAACCCUGAUACGAAGACUGUCCUUGGGCGCACUGGAUUGUCCUGGGCCAAAAUCGCAUUGUUCUAUGUGUUCUUCUACCUGUUCUUGGCCGGGUACUUUGCCUUCAUGAUGACUGUAUUCUAUAGUACCUUGGACACGCACGAGUACGGACGGCCAAAGUACACUCCAACGGACGGUUCCCUUCUCCGCCAUCCUGGCGUGUCCAUUCGCCCAAGAACAUCCACCGAGUUCAUGUUUGCAGCCAUCUGGUUCGACUCAACGAACCCGGCCUCGUACGAAGGUUAUGUCGAAUCUCUCGACUCGUUUGUGGAACCGUACAAAAGCAACCAAAAUGUCCAAAAGCGAAGAGUCGACUGCACCGCCGGGAAACGACCGGGAGGCGUCUCUUGCAACUUUGAUAUUAGUCAGCUUGGACCUUGUGCGUCUGACAGAGCAUGGGGGUUUGAUAAAUUGGAACCUUGCAUACUUGUCAAGAUGAAUAAGCUCUUGAACUGGAUACCCGAACCGUACACGAGCAAAGAUCUCCCGGACGACGCGCCUGAGGAACUACGAACCUAUAUUCAGAAUUUAGAGAAGACUGGAAAGGACACAUCUUACACGUGGCUCUCGUGCAAACCAGUAAAAGGGGACUGUAUAUUAGAUUACUACCCAGAGCCAGGAUUUCCGCAGGUGUACUUUCCAUUUGACAACAAUCCUGGCUAUUUAUCCCCCAUCGUUGCCAUCAAGAUCAGCAACCUGACCGUCAAUCAAGACGUACACGUGGCCUGCACUCUGUGGGCCAAGAACAUUGUCCGGGAAGGCUUCCGGAAGCAAUUGAGCGAGAUCAUCUUCGUCCUUUCGCCUGAUGAUUACUGGAACUCAUAACAGCUGUGAUCCGGGAAACAUCGGAGAACUUAAGAAAGCAGAAAGAAACUGAGAAGAAGAAAGGUAUGAAAAUAAAUAAAGAAAUAAACAUGCUAAAUUGAUGUGAUACCGUGACAGAAAUAUCACUUCUGUGUUUGAAGCUUUUGUUAAAUACUGAAAAUAAAAGGUAAUCUUGUUA